AUGUCAAAAUUCUUAAAAAUUUUAAAGCCUAAUUUUUCUAAACAAAUAAGGUAUUUUUCGAGAAGUGUACAAAAUGAAGAUAUUUGUAUUAAAGUCUCCGAAUCUGAUGAAAUAUUAGGAAGUAUUGGUAAAGUAGAAUGUCACAAACAACCAUUAUCAUUACAUAGAGCUUUUAGUGUAUUUUUGUUUAACGAUGAAAAUAAGUUACUACUGCAGAAACGUUCUUUGAAUAAAGUUACAUUUCCUGGAGUAUGGAGUAAUACUUGUUGUAGUCACCCCUUAUACAAUGAUAGUGAAAUUAAAGAAAAAGAUAACAAAGGAAUUAAGAUGGCUGCAUGUAGGCGGAUGGGACAGGAAUUAGGAUUAUGGAAUAUUCCAGAGGAUAAAUUUGAAGUAGCUGGACGUUUUCUUUAUAAAGCUGUUAUGGAUGAUGUUUGGGGUGAAUUUGAGCUAGAUUAUUCAUUAAUACUUAGAAAUAUUAACAUCUCAAAUAAGUAUAAACUUAAUCGGGAUGAAGUAGAUAAGGUUAUGUUUGUUAAUUUCAUUGAAUUACAAAAUAUGAUACAAAGUGGUGAGAAAUUUUCACCUUGGUUUAUGCUUUUUAAUAGACAUGGAUUUAUAAAAAAAUGGUUCGAAGAUCUUACAAUGCACAAUAUUUGGGCUCGUUUCAAUAAUGUUUUAGCUUUUACCUUAACAGUAUUAGCAGCAUCAACAUUUCUAGCAUUUGUCAGUAGUCAUAUUCUUGCUAAAAGUACUGUAGCUACUUUAAAUGCAAGGAAUGUCAGGGUAAAGAAUAUUCCUAGUAGAAUUCCAGGAACUCCAAAUAAUGAUUUUGCUCAUAUGGAAUUAGAUAUUGAAGUUGAUCUUUCAGAUGUUUUUAAUUGGAAUGUUAAAGAAUUAUUUGUUUAUUUAGUUGCCGAUUAUAAAACAAAAAAAAAUGCAUUUAAUCAAGUAACUUUAUGGGAUCAAGUUGUUCUAAGAAGUGAUAGGGUUGUCAUAAAUGAGAAAGACUUGUAUCCAGAGUAUUAUUUCUUCGAUGAUGGUUCCAAUCUUUUGAAACACGAUAAUGUUUCACUUACACUCAACUGGGAAGUUAUUCCAAACGCCGGAUUUAUGUUUCAUGAACGUGCUAAAGGAACUCACAGAAUACAAUUUCCAAGUUCAUACACAGUUGGUAGACUUUAA